UUUUUUUUUUUUUUAGGACUAUUCUGUUUGACUCAUGCUUUUCAGGGACAAACGUCUGCAAAAGUGACAAGAAAACUAUUGGAUGAAUUGCUAUGUCACAUGAAAAAGAGGGAGUAAACAACGUGUACACUUAGAGGUGGAAUGGAGAGGAACAACAACACCUGCGCUAUACUUUUGUCCUGGAUUUGCAGGAUCUCUAUGCUUUUGUUGACAGUGUCCUCUCCAGAGCCUAGAAUAAUAGGCUGUGAACUCCUGGAGCAUGCGAACAUCACCUGUUUUUGGACUGCCCCCAGUUCAGAGAACAUCAGUUACAUGAUGCAGGUUACCACGUAUAACUGUAUGAACAAAAUCAUUUCUACGGACUCCUGUAAUACCACGUCCACCAAAUGCACUGUGAAAAUUGGAUCGGUGUCUCAUUGCUUCUGUGUGGAUGUGCUGAUGUUGACUUCCUCCCUAUCCACCAGUUUACCAACUCACUGCUUUAAUGGGAUUAAUCAAGUUAAGAUGUACACACCACAAAUCACAGCCCUUACUACACUCCCAGAAAAUGCCACUUGUCUAAAGCUGGAGUGGAAAGAGCCACGAUCUGAAUAUGUCCACUCCGAGAGGAACCUUCGUGUUUUACAGAUAGAAUACCACACUCCUCAGCAGGCCCAUGUCUCCAAAGUGACUGCUUUUCUUCAUGACUGGUGGACGAACAUGUGUGGCUUAUAUCCAGGAACGAAGCACUUGGUCAGGGUUCGCGCUCAGGACUUGAGAGCGCAGCAUCACUGGAGCUCCUGGAGUGAAUUUGCAGAGGCCACCACAGCAGAGACAGCACCAGUGGCUGCCCCAGAGCUUUGGAGACACAUCCAGCAGGUAGACAGGAGCGGAAAGAGACGUGUCACCUUGCUAUGGAAGCCCCUCCAGUGGCCAAACUCUAAUGGUGUAAUCCUGCGCUAUGCCGCAUCGUGCCGGAAUGAGCUUGACUCGUCCUACUGGGACUGCGGUCAUCUGGAUUCGUACAGCACGUCUUGUGUCCUUUCUGUCACUGCUCACGCCUGUAACUGCAACCUGACUGCAUCUAACUCGGCUGGGACGUCACCAUCAGCUCACAUAUACAUACCUGGAGACAAGGACGCAGAGCUCCGACCUCCUGAAAGCAUCAGUGUCAAUGCUUUGGAUGACUUCCAGCUGAAGGUGGAAUGGAAAGCGCUGGUGAACCAAUCAGAGUCCAGCUAUGUGGUUGAGUGGUUCCCAAUACCAGAGACCUCAGCGGUUGGUUUGCACUGGAAAAUCCUGAAUGGUUUUGAGACAAGCUUUAUUAUUACAGAAGGAGUUCAACCUGAGGUUCCGUAUAAUGUUUCCGUUCGCGUGCUUCGUAAGAACACAGCCGGAAUCGCAAGAUUUGCCGUCGCCUUUACCAGACAAGGAGCGCCUUCUGCUGGACCAAAGCUGGAAGUUCUACAGACAAGCACUGAUGUGACUCUGAAGUGGAAGCCUGUUCCUCUGGAGAAACUGCGUGGAUUUAUCCAAAACUACACAGUCAUUUAUAAAUACAAUGGCAAAGUGAAAUCUGAAGUGCUAAGUGGCAACACAAAGCAGUUUUCUUUAAACGGUCUGUCUCCUGGUCAGUAUGCGGUGUGUGUGAAGGCUCACACGCUGACAGGGGGCGCUGAGAGUUCAUGGGUCACUGUGACUGUAGGUCGUGUUCACAUACCAGUGAUGGCUAUAGUGUUGUGCGCCGUAGGAAGUUUGUUGGUUGUAAUUAUUUUGCUCAGCCAGGCUGAAAGGAUUCAGCAGUGUCUCUGUCCAGUCGUCCCUGACCCAUCAAAGAGCAGCCUGUCCACCUGGCUUCCUGUCUCUCCAAAUCAGCAUAAACUACCAACUUGGGACUCUCCUGCUCUCUUCGAUCCUAUCUACAUGGGAGGAGUACAGACAGGUCAUCACGUUCCCCACCAUCUUCUGGACAGCAAACUCCAGGCUUUCAGCCAGCAAACAAGUCAAGAACAAGUCUGUAAACAAGUUUUACUAGCGUCUGAGCAAACAUUCAACGAACCAAAUGCUCAAGACCUAAACGAAGAACUGACCACUGACCUCAGCUAUCAGAAUGCCUUCAUGGAAACAUCACACUGCUGCCACUCUGGAUCUUCUAGUUGUCCAGAAGUUCCUAAGCUUGGAAAAUCUCCAGUGGAUUCCAUUUUCUAUGAAAGCAGCAUUGAGCCAAGAUUAGAUUCAAGUUACGAAAAAUUUGAGUCUGCUUUUGCAACCCGUGUAUUUUGUGACUGUGCACCAAUGUCCAAGUCCUGUCUCAGAGUGGACACAAUGGACCAGGAUGAUCCUUUUUAUAGAAGGAGCACUGUGUCCAAUUUAAAGACUCAUUGCUACAGGCAUGUAUCUACCAGUUAUCUCCCAGUUUCUGAUUCCUAUAUUGACUUUAGAACAGCAAUGGAGAAUUCAACUAAUCUUAUCCAUGAAAGUAGCCAUUUUUCAAGACUGGAGUCUAGUUGCUACAGCCAUGUUUCAGCGAGUUAUCUUCCCAUCCCUGAGCCUUCGCCGGCUUACGCUGAUUAUGUGACGGUGAACUCGGCAGCUGAGUUGUUCCAUCAGAGCAGCCAUAUGCCAAAAAAGGGGGCUCGCGGUUACGUUCACGUCUCUACGAGUUAUCUUCCAAUUCCCUUGACUUCCCAUUCAGACUCAACUUUCACUAAUAGCAUCCAUGAAAAUAAUUCCGUGUCCGGAUUAAAGUCCUGCAUCUACAACCACUUACAGAUUAACUAUCAGAAAUCUUGUCCUGAUUUUGAAGUAGAGGAAGUAUACAAGCCAUUUGUCCUGAAGUCCUAAAGAAUUUCCACUUCCUUUACAGAUUUAAGGACAGAAACAGCACUAAUGCCGUCACAGAGCUGCUCUAAACACGACCGUGAAAUACAAUAUACACACUUAGAGUUACAUGUGUCGUGAAUGAUCGUGUGUGUAUCGUGUGUGUAUCGUGUGUGUAUUUGUGACACUCCAGUAAUGCAUGCUUUUAUUUAAGAUCAGUGACUGAUGAGUAUUUAACAAGGUGUAGCAGGGGACAUUUGUCACAAUGAGAGUAGCAAAAACACGUUAUUGUGCUACAGUUAAAAAUCGCACCUCAUUUUGUUGUUUUUAAACACCUGUUGAAGUUGAAAGCCCAGUUUUCUGUGUUAUUUCCAGCUUUAUGCUGCAUUUAGGUGCUCGUCAGAAAAUCACCCAAAAUGAAUGUUUUUUUGUUUUUGUUUUAUUAAAUGCAGAUUAACGUUAGGAUGAUGAUUAAAAGAAGGAAGAAAAGAUCUUAUUCUUUAUGAGACGUGUAGUAACAAGUAGAAAUGCUUGUGUUUAACAAGGACUGAAACAAUAGACUUUUUCUACCUCAAAUGUC